CUCUUGAAGAGCAGAUGUGCUAUAGAGAACAGGUGCGCUGCAGAGAUGGAUUCUUGUAAAAUUAUUGUCGUUUUAAUCGCAUCCACCUUGCUACCCACUGUGUACGGUGAUGGCAGCUCUGUCGCUUGGUGUUAUCAUGAUUCAAACUGUAGUUACACCACUUGGCCCACCAUUGCCACUGGUUGCAAUGGAUCCAGUCAGUCCCCAAUUGACAUUGUCUCCGCGUCGGCAAAGGGUGACUUCAAACUGACUUCCUUCACCUUCACCAAAUUUGGAGACAAAUCCUCCAUGACGCUUAUAAAGAACAAGGGCAAAACGGUGCAGGUGGAUCUGGCGAACGGCGUUCAGGUGUCUGGGGGAGGCCUGACCGAAGCCUACGACAGCCUGCAGUUCCACCUGCACUGGGGCAACGGCAGCUCGUCCCCAGGGUCCGAACACACCGUGGAUGGGAAAGCUUUCCCCAUGGAGCUCCAUGUUGUAAACAUCAAGUCUUCUCUGAAUAGAAACACGACCCUGGCAGUCAAAGACCCGUCAGGCCUUGCUGCUCUGGGCUUCUUCAUUGAGGCAGCCUCCGGCAAUGGAACUGGUACACCAGCAAGCUGGAAAACAUUGACCUCCUACCUGACCAUCAUCACCCAAAACGGGACCAAUGCAAGCAUCACCAGUGGCAUUUCUCUGGACGAUCUGCUGACGGGUGUGGACCGUACCAAGUACUACCGCUACAAAGGAUCGCUGACCACCCCCAACUGCAAUGAAGCGGUGGUGUGGACCGUUUUCAAAGACACAAUCAAAAUCAGCCAGGACCUGAUCAACCAAUUCUACUCGACAGUCCACAUCGACACCAACUCCUCCAUCCUGAUGGUCAACACCUACAGGGGCGUCCAGCCGUCCAACGGCAGGGUGGUGACCACGCAAGCUGCCUCAGGCGCCGGCAGCACCUCUGGAAGCAGCUACGCUCUGGGGCUCAUGUCCCUUUUGGCCUUGCUGCUGAGGUGAUAGGGAAGAGUCUGUCUCUCUCUCUUCUCUCUGCCCCGCCUCUCUGUCUCUCAAGGAGCGCUAAAGUGUCGUGCAAUACCACCACCCCCAUCUCACCCCUAGGUGAGGGCUAGCACCUACCUGGUGCUGCAGCUUAGCUGCCCUUCGUCUGAGCGCCAGUUACCUUCACCGUAUUUGCAAUUUGCACUGAAACUGUUUUCUGUUAGCUGUGUUAAGUUGGGUUUUUCAAUGGACUUCCUUCUGGGUGAAUCUACCUCUUCUGUUCUGGCCUAGUGGAGCCACCUCCCUUGGUGGAAAUACAUGAGAAGUGCUGAUGAAGCGCAUGGUGUUAAAGUGACUACAGUGCUAAUGAUGAUGAACCGCAAGGUUAUGUUAAAGUGAUUGCAUGUCUGAUUUACUCCUUGAAAUGAAUGGUGCCACUUUAUCACUUUUGGUCACAAUAUCUGGAGUAUAUGUUUGAGUAUAAAAAUGUCAAUGUUCCAUGACAUAAUGACAAUAAAUAAAUAAAUAAUG